AUGGAUUACUCCUACCUGAACUCCUAUGACUCCUGCAUGGCGGCCAUGGAAGCGUCGGCCUACGCGGACUUCAGCUCCUGCAGCCAGGCGAGCUCGUUUCAGUACAACCCGAUCCGGAGCGGACCCUUCUCCAACCCGGGCUGCACCCCCCUCAGCACGGCCAGCUGCACCCUGGGAGCCCUGCGGGAGCACCAGCCCACCCCCUACUCCUCAGUUCCGUACAAGUUCUUCUCGGACCCGUCUGGCCUGAACGAGAAGCGGAAGCAGCGGCGCAUCCGGACCACGUUCACCAGCUCCCAGCUGAAGGAGCUGGAGCGGGUCUUUGCGGAGACGCACUACCCGGACAUCUACACCCGAGAGGAGCUGGCCCUGAAGAUAGACCUGACCGAGGCCCGGGUACAGGUGAGACCAACAGACUGGACCAUUUGUCUCCAUGUUUGGUUCCAGAACAGGCGUGCCAAGUUUCGUAAACAGGAGCGUGCAGCCAACUCCAAAGCCAACAACUCCGGUGGCACCGCGGGCAGCACCGGCAGCAGCAGCUCCGGAGGGAAGAAGGGCGGAGAGACCAGAUCCUCUUCAGAUGAUGACGAGUCCAAAGAAUCCACCUGCAGCCCCACGCCCGACAGCACGGCCUCCCUGACGGGCUCGGCCAACGGGAACCUGGGCAGCCCGGCCAGCCUGAGUCCCAGCCCGGCUCCCAUCAACAACGGCUACGUCAUCGCCUCCAGCUCCCCGGUCCUCCAGGGCCUGAAGCCGCCCAGCUGGUCCAGCCUGGGCCCGUCCAACCCGGCCGUGGCCCAGCCGGCGGUCCAGACUCAGGAGGUUCUGAAGGCCUGGCAGCCGGCGGACAGUAUGACCGGGCCCUUUGCCGGAGUCCUGUCGUCCUUCCACAGAAAACCCAACCCCACCAUCAAGACGAACCUGUUCUGA